AUGAAGCUUUUGAGUAUCAUUAACUUUGCCCUGCUGGGCUUGGCCUCGGCAAGCCCAACUCCUACUGCCGAGGAGGAAAUGAGCCCUGCUCACCUCGAGAAGCGCGCGUCAAUCACUGACAGCUGUGAUAUUGGAUACGCCACUACCAAUGGCGGGACCACUGGCGGUAAAGGCGGUUCAACCACGACUGUUUCUACUCUCGCCCAUUCACCGCUGCUGCUGAAUCAAGUAGCACCCUUGUCAUCUAUGUCAAGGGCACUAUUUCUGGCAGCUACCAGACCCGUGUUAAGUCCAAUAAGAGCAUUAUUGGCGCCUCUGGGUCUAAUCAUUGCUGACAAUGGUGAUGCUAUUGGCAUCCAGGCCUCUACCAAUGUCUGGGUUGAUCACUGUGACCUCUCUUCAGACCUCAACAAUGGCAAGAAUUAUUAUGACGACCUGUUGGAUAUUACACACGCUGCCGACUAUAACACUGUGUCAAACACCUUCUUUCAUGACCACUACAAGGCAUCUCUGGUUGGCCAUAGUGACAGUAACUCUGCCGAGGAUACUGGUCACCUCCGUGUCACUUAUGCCAAUAAUUACUGGUAUAAUGUUAAUUCGCGUGCUCCAUCAAUCCGGAUUGGCACCGGCCAUAUCUACGACCAGUAUCACCUUGGGAUUUUGAGCUCUGCUAUUAACACCCGCAUGGGAGCCCAAAUCCGUGUCGAGUCGACAGUGUUUGAUAACUGCGCUACAAAGGCUAUCGUCUCAGAGGAUUCUGAUUCAGUUGGCUACGCUACUACUGGCGAUAUUUCUUAUGGAAGUAGCACCAAUACCCCCCCCUUGGGCACUCUCGGCUCUAGCGGAAUUCCAUACUCUUACACUUUGUACGGCAAAGAUAAUGUGAAGAGCAAAGUGUACGGCACGGCCGGCCAGACUCUAUUGUUCUAA